CUCAGGAGACUGGCUUACACAGCAUCUGCAGCCGGAAAGGCUUGUGCACGUCAUUCCCUGCACCACAACUGCUUGCCAGAGCUAUCUGAGCUUCACAUUCACCCAGUCUCCUGACUGCACAGCUCACGGCCGGGCACAUGGAUACAGUCUGUAGGUGAAUCCUGUUGAGAGAAUAUAACCCUGAGAGGCACAGAAGGAUAUAAAGGUUUUACCGAAAUAGAGUGGCUGGCUUCCCUGGGUAUACUCUGAGCAGAGAGCGCACACAACAUUACGUUAAAUAGCAAGGAGACACCUGGUCCUGAAGAUGAGGUCCCUAAUACUCACUGGAUGCUUCUCACUGCUGCUGCUGGCGCUUGUUUCCCUGAGUGACCUUGUAAAUGCGCAAGUUCCUGCUGAGAGAAAGUUGAGAAAUUCCACCCAGACGGUGGCCACGAAGAGGAGGGGACAUGGAAACCAGCCCCUGCGUUCUGCCCAGCGAGGAAGGAAGAAAAGCAUCUGGUCCUACAACCCCGGCCACCGAUCGCUGGCAUUCCUGAUCGCUGGAGAGGUUGUGACUUCUAAGCCUAUGGAUCUGGGCCCAGAUAAUCACUGCCUAGGCUGCUGCGGGCAGGGAGGAGUAGUCAGGGGUAGAAAUAACACAGAUUCCAACAUUGAAAACAGACUUGGGGAAUCAGUUACAAGGGUUUGGGAUAUGGAAGAUUUUGGAGGAGAACCAAAUUCAAUUAAUGGCAGAUGUCUGGGCUGCUGUGAGGAGCGCACCACUCUCCCUCCAGAAGCGUCGCUGGGCACGAGGAGAGGAACCACUCCUGCGGGUGAGGGACAGGUGGAAAAGCUGACAACGGACAGACGUGUAAAUGUGUCAUUCAAUAGAGGGCAAACACAUCAACCAGCCUGUGUCCAUAGAGGUUGCAUGUCAGACGGAAGCUCAGAGUCUGAUAGCUCCAGCGAGGAGGCUGUAUCUAAAAAGUUUAUUAGGAGAAUGAUGGAUCGCAAAAGGAUCGUCCAACAGCACAAUACAAGGCAGCGGUCGUAUGAGGACAGUUCCUCCAGUGAAGAAGACUAAGUCAAUGGGUAAUUCAGUGGAGAAGCGUUGCAUCAAGUUGUGUUUAUUAAUACUGGUCUGCACUAAAGGCUUUAGAAGCGCCUGGAUAAGAAUAAGACUAUUUUAUAUACACACAAGGAAAAAGCCAAUGAUUUUAUGCUUUUUUACAUAAACAAUGUAACAGGAAAGUUAUUUUCUUUAUUGUAAUAAUAUUUUAAAUAUAUUUCUGUGCUUUCCCAUUAAACAUAUUUGUGUAAA